AUGGCCCCGCAGUCAUCCAUUGAAGAUCAUGCGUAUCAUCGUCGCCAACAAAAGCUCAAAGAGGUCAAGGUCCAACUUAUCAAUGUUGACAACGAAUCACAGAUAGCCGAGAAGAGGGCACACGAAGCUGGAAUGCAGGUGCAAGUGGAGUACCUGCACAAUACUAUGCGCGCCAGAACUCUUCUGAAGUUGUUGAUGGGCGACCGAAAAGCUGUCAACAUGAGCGAGACAUCAAGAGAUAUCAACAGUACCGGGAAACGUCUUCUUGUUGAUAUGCAGAGCCAUUUCCAGAAAUUCCUUCAGGUCCAGAAGCUAUAUAUGGAGACUACAGGUAUUCUAAACGCUGAAUACCAGGGGGCGCGUGGUGCAUAUAAGAAGGAGAUCAUGAGUUUGGCUAGAACACUAGGAGUCAGCUUGGACGCUUGA